AUGAAAAAGGAGAGUUUCAUUUGUAAUUUUCAUUUAAUUUUUUUUUUCAGAGCUCUCUUUGCAAUGAUCAACAGAAACCUUGUUACAGUGAAAAAUCCAGAUACUCAUUCUACCUUCUCGGAACCCAGAAGUCAAAGAGAACCAGAUAGAGGGCCCGGGGACACUGAUUCAGACUCUCGCUCAUCUACCUCACAACAGCAGCGCAGGAGGAGGAGAAGCAGUGAUCCUGAGAGUACUUCAGCUGAAGACGAGCCCAGAGAACGCAGAAAGAGACACAAGUCAGACAGCUUCUCCCUGACAUUUGAUGACAGUCUGUCUUGGUGUGUGAUUGGCGGCCUACACCGGGAGAGGGGGAACAGUGAGUCUUCGGACGCACAAAGCAAGUCUGAUGUAGGUAUCUCUCACAGUGAGGGCAGUGAUGAAAGUGUGGACUCUGACUCUGAUAACUUUAGUGUGGAGUUUGAGGUGGAGUCCGUAGACUCUGACGCCUACAGUGAGAACGAUGAGGAUUCAUUGCCAGGAGAGAACGAGGUGUAUGAAGUCACAAUCUUUGCAGAGGAUGAAGAUUCAUUUGAUGAGGAUACCGAGAUAACUGAGGCAGACUACUGGAAGUGUGCCGAAUGUAACAAGCUCAACCCUCCUCUUCCUCGGCAUUGCAAAAGCUGCUGGAACGUCCGACCGGGUUGGCUUCCAGAAACACAAUCCAACAGGGAAAACACCUCCACUAACACUCAACCCAGCACAGAAGACGCCAGCAUCACCACAACUCCCAGCUCAGCCUCGGAUGACAAAUUGCUUCCUUCCAAACCCUCAAGUCCUCUUCCAGAAACAGAUGAAGGAGUGGAUGUACCCGAUGGCAAGUGCUCGCAAUCUCCCAUCGGCGCUAAAGACGAACUUCUCUCCGGCUCUAUGACUGACUCUCAGACCUCGUCAUCGCAGCCCUCAACCUCUUCUGGUGGGGGCAGCAGCCAGGAAGAGACCCCCGAGCUAGAGCGCUACAACAGCCUAGAGGCCUACCUGCCCGCCACUUGCCUUGAGCCCUGCGUCAUCUGUCAAAGUCGCCCCAAGAACGGCUGCAUCGUCCACGGAAGAACUGGACACCUUAUGGCUUGCUACACUUGCGCCAAGAAAUUAAAGAACCGGAACAAGUUGUGUCCGGUGUGCCGAGAGCCCAUUCAGUCAGUCGUGUUGACCUACGUGAGCUGAGGCACAGCAGAUAUACCUCCUCUCCUCUCACAUGAAGUUCGGGAUGCUUAUGUUGCCUUGUCUUAUAGUUCUAAAACUUUUGAGUUCAAAUUCAAUAUUUGUAAUAUGUUUCUUAUUGAUUAAUACAUUUUAUUUAUGACUCAAGCGAGGUUUUCGCUCACAUGCCGGGUAGCAAAUUCACAGAUCUGUGUUUUAAGGGUUGAGUUUAAGGGCUUGGAAUUAAAACUACUUAAGGACUUGCAGAGAUUCUGUAUACAUUAUAUCAAUUACUAGAAAUGUUUGUAAUAAUUUAAUUUAUGUACAUGCAGAUGUAUAGGUUUCAUGUUAAUCUGAGUUAUUUGCCGCACUGAAACGUGUUCCUGAGUUGUAGCUCUUGAGACACUCCUUUAAUUUUGUUCCUCCUCUGGAAGGAAAUGCUCUUCUGCACAGUUUUCUGCUGCAAUGACUCUGUCUUAUUUUCUCUGAGUGAGGCAUAAUAAAUGAUUUUGAGGCUCUUCUGCUUUUACAGUA